UUGAUCACGGGCCAGAUCAGCUCAAAUGGAAAGUGUUUGCGCAGUUCAGAGAAAGUUGAAUGUUAAGUUCCGGGGAAGAAGAGUACUCAAGGACGCCAAAAACAAGUAGCAACAACAAUACCACUGGAAGCAGGGCUUACUUUCCCCACGCUACAGUUAAGAAGAGGCUUCUGAGCAGCAAGUUUCGAUCUGGAAUCGAUUCUACUAGUUCCGUGUCCCCUCCGGUGGCCUAUCUAGAAGUCGGUUUCAACAUCUUCCAUGGAGAGGCCUCGAUGAGGUUAGAACUUGUCCACUCCUUCCUUGCGAAAGUGGGGGAGAUCUGGCCAUCCCCAUAUGUGGGCUCCUAUUUCCGGUCGUCGGCUUUCCUGGAGAUGAUAGCGGAUGAUACUUCUGGUUUACCAGCGUCGGGUUUCGAUGCGGGUGACGUCAGCAUUUUUUCCUCCUUCAGCUACGGCGAGGCGAUGGCCAAUAGGCUUUCAACGUUGUCAGAUGCGUCUCCACGGUGGUUCUGGGGCGUUGCUCCUGCAGAAGGUCCAAGGUUAGAGAUCCCUCGUCGAGUUGAUGGUAGGAUAGUGCUCCGGCUCUGGUGUCCUUCGGCUGUGGACAUCACCGGAGAUUGUGCAAGAAGUUAGUAAGGACCUGGUAUUUUCCUUUUGUAAUUUUCAGUUUUCCGGGUGCCUUUCUGUAAA